AAAGAUGCUGAGGAGAAGCAAAUAUCAGAGGAACCUGUCAAGUUAUGGCUAGAUCGGCUCAGAGAAGAAUCUCUUAAUAUGGAGGAUGCUUUGGAUGAGUGGAGGACUGUAGUCCUGCAUCGGCGAACUGAUGGAGCUGAGGAAAAUGCUUCUUUUCUUCAGAGGAAGGUAUUUGUUUUCCUCAGAUGUUUUUCUUUUCAUCCUGUUAGAUACCAUGGCAUUGCUCGCAACAUAAAGGAAAUCAAUGGACGGUUAGAUAAGAUUGCUGAGGAUAAAGUUAGGUAUCAGUUAACAAGCAUGUCAAUCAGUAAAUUGCCAAGACAAGAAGAAAGCAAGUCUUUUAUUGAUGAGUCGAGCUUUCUUGGUCGAGAUGAUGUCAAGAAUGAAAUAAUUAGCCAUUUGUUGUGUGAGACUAGCAAAGAAGAAGGGGGUAGCCCAAUCCAAACAAUCUCUAUAGUGGGGAUUGGAGACAUUUUUGAUGAGAGCAGAGUUGCAAAAGCAAUCAUUGUGGGGCUUCAAGGCCUAGAAAAACAAGCAAUCUUCCAAUUGGAAUCAGUUCCAUUAGAUGCUCUUUUAGAUGAAAUUCGCAAGUCCAUAAAGGGUAAGAAGUAUCUUCUUGUUCUAGAUGAUAUAUGGACAGAAAAAGAUAAAGACUUUGAAGGACUGAAUGCUACUUUCAAAUGUGGUGCUCUGGGAAGUAGGAUUUUGGUGACUACACGUAAGACUACUGUGGCAACAGUUAUGGGAAGUUCACACACCAUUCAGUUAAAUAAUUUGAGCCGAGAGAUAUGUUGGUCUAUCAUUAGGAAUAUAGCACUAAGAGAAAAGGACCAAAGGACUUGUGAGGAGUUCCAGCCAGUUGGGUUGAAAAUUGCAGAAAAGUGCAAAGGUCUGCCGCUUGUUGCAAAGACUUUGGGAGGCCUCUUGCGGUUUAAAACUGGUAUACAAGGGUGGGAGCAUGUUUUGAAUAGUGAGCUAUGGAGAAUGGAAAUGGUACAAAAAGAUGUUUUUGUUCCUUUGUUGCUGAGUUAUUAUGAUCUGCCCUCACCAGUAAGGCAGUGCUUUACAUAUUUAGCUGUCCAUCCUAAAGAUAAGCUUCUUCGUUGUAGUGAUAUGAUUUCAAAAUGGAUGGCUCAAGGCUACUUAGGCUUUGAUGAUGAUGAUUCACCAUUGGAACUAAAAGGCUUCGAGUACUUUCAGUGCUUAGAGGCUCGCUGUUUCUUCCAAGAAUUUGAGGAUCCUGCUCAACGUCUUGUAUGUAAGAUACAUGAUUUGGUCCAUGACUUUGCUGUCUUUUUGACAAGGGGUGAGUUUAUGACAUUGGAGGUCUCCAAAGGUAAUAGAGAUUCAACAAUGAACAGAGAAAGGACUCUUCGACAUUUGACAGUGACGGUGGAAAAGGGUCUCUAUUUUCCUGAAUUCAUUCAUGAUGCAGAAAAAUUGCGAAGUGUUGUGUGUUAUGAUUUUAUUGGUAAUGAUGCUACUAUCAGUGGAAAGGCCAUGUGUAAUUUGUUUAAUCAAGCUAGACGCUUAAGGCUAUUGGAUAUGAUUAGCUAUGAUGGUUCAACUAUUCCAGAAGAAAUAGGAAACUUAUUGCAUUUGAGAUACCUUAACUUGGCUGUUAGCAGAAACCUUAAAAAGUUGCCAAAAGCACUCUUUAGAUUGUACAAUUUGGAACAUUUAUCUUUGUUUGCCUGUUAUAAUCUUGAAAGACUGCCCGAUGAGAUAGGAAAUUUAGUCAACUUGAAGCUUCUUCAUACCGAAGGUUGCAACAAAUUAGCUUGCUACCCGAAGGAAGUUGUGAGAUUGACUCGACUUACACAAUUAUUAGGGCUCAUUGUUAGAAUUGAUCGUGACGAUCCUGAAGAGUUUAGCAUUGGAGAUCUAGCGGAGUUGAAUAAACUUCUCGUGCUUUCUAUGAAAAUAGUGGGAAAUACAAUCAAUGUGGGCGAGGCUAAAAAGGUAAAGCUUCAAAAUUUGCAGGAGGUGAAGAUAUUGGUGGAUGGGGACAUAGAGGAAGCUGACCAAGUCAUACUUGAAUCCUUAAACAUGUCCUCUGUACCAAGGCACAGCUUUCAAAUGGAGUACCUAAUGUGUGACGGCUUCAAUGCACCAAGAAAUGAAUGGUAGGCAACUCUUUGAUUAACUCGUUCUUUGUCAAACAUUAUAAAUAUUUAAUUUCCUUCUUUAGAUAUAUAUUAAUCAUAAGCUUUGUGUUGCAGUCUUUACUAUAGCUGGGCGUAAAUGAGAAAGUUGUUGGCGAUGAUGAUGGUGAAGAGGAAAGAUGUCAGCUCCUGUACUUCUUUUCCUUUUUAGUACACGUUCCUUGUUGCAACAGAUAUUGCGUGGUUUCUUGUUGUCUAAAUCUGCUAUGUUCUUUUUUCUUGUUUUUUUUUAUUUGUUUAUGUUUGAGAUGGUUUGUGAGUGGUUUUAUAUCUUGAAAAUUGUUGAACAUUAAGGCUCUAGAUGAUUUGCCAUAAUAGUUAAAUGUGUGGUUUUUCAGAUUGAUUAUCUGCAUAAUUUGCCAUGUUUUUUUUUUUUUGUUUUUGUUUUUUUUUAUUUGUUUUACAUUAAGAUAAUAACUUAUUUGUUCGCACUUCAAACUAUAAUAAACAAUUCAACGGUUGAGCAAACAUGUUAGUAGUCUCACCUUGGAGGAUAAUCUCCCAGCUGCUAUAAUGGAAAUUUGCCUUCCUCAAAUUACCAUAGUAAAGGUUUCUUAAUUAU